AUGAACACAAAGCUUUUAGACUUUCAUCUGAGCUGCAGAAAAGAGCUCAAUGUGAUUUCAAGGUCGUUUAACAUCAUGUUCUAUGGCUAUGGAUCGAAGAAGGCAUUGCUUCACAAGAUGUUUCCGUCUGCAAUCCAUGUUGACUGCAGGUCAACUAAAAAGAACGAGCUGAUGAAGCAAAUCUCAAAGAAGAUCUGGCACAAUCUGCUUCCAAACUGCAGACAGGCUCCUGCAUCGAUCAAGGAGAUAGACGACGCAAUAUUCGGUAGAAGAGAAAAGUAUAAGCUGGUGAUGGUGAACUUUGACUUCAGCUUUGCUGAGUUUCUGGAACUCAAACACUUUGCCGUGCUCGCAACUAUGGAGAAUGUGAAUGUGAGGUUUGGAAUGGAUGACAUAGAGAGGUUCAAUUUUGUUUUCAGAGACCUCACAACAUUUGAGCCAUACGAGGAAGCUGCUGAUAUUGAGAUACAAGUGUUACGCACAGGGCGGUCAAUGAAUGUUGUGAAGAAUGUACCCAGGAACUCUAUGAUAGUCCUGCGCGAAAUCUUAGCAAUUGGAGGCGAAAAGGUUGAUAUGAACGAGCUGUUUGAAAGAAUAAAGAAAAGGCUUUUUUUGACAGCUAGGUGCUCGAUAGUUCCGAUGAUUGCUGAAUUCAUUGAUCACGGAAUGCUGAGAAUUAAAAACAACUCAGAGAUAGUCAUAAGCAUUCCACCUGUGGAAAGGAAGGAAAUUGUAGAGUUGCUGAGUAAUACACUGGAGUAA